UAUUUUCUGUCUCCUUACUUUACCUUUUCUUGAUAAAAUUCCUGUCUCAUGCAUUUUUCCAAAAUAGAAGCUGGCCAGUUUUUUAUUCUGUCUUUCUCUCCUGCUAUGUAAACCGUAGAUUUCCCACUCUAACCUCAUUAAUGUAAUAAAAAAAAUAUAUACCACAACCAGCACCACCACCAUACAAAUUGCAUAAACUAUAUCAUAUAGUAUUAAGGUACCUAAAUAUAGUAUAUAAUAGAAGGUAAAAAAAAACAGUACUGUUAAUUUUUCCCUCAAUAGAUGUAUAAUAGUACAUAUACAUAAAUUGAGCUAUGCAUAUUUUAGCUAUACUUGAAUUGUCUUCAUCAUCUAAACAAACAAAUUCGUUUUUUUUUCCUUUCUUUUCUUUGAAUUAAUCAUAUAUGUUAAAUCCACCAAAUGUCUCAAUCUAAUUCCCAUCAUCUUUCGGCAGUAAAGUUGGCAUUGUCACACUUUCUCAUUUCUAGUCACGUACACAUUUUUGUCCUUACCUUUGAUUAAACUAAUUAAAUCUUCUUCACUGUUGCUAGUUCCUCAAAAUAUUUAGCACAGAACUUGUAUUGUAUAUUGUACAGGACUAGACCAAACACAAAGGGAUAUAUACUAACAUACGCCACAGGAACCAUUACUUAUCCACCACUAAUAUUCGUUGAUACACUUUUUCUUUCUCUGUUGUUGUGUGUGUGUGUUUAUGUUUUUUUUUAACUCAUUGCCUUAUUAUAAGGCAACAAAGAAAGCCAAAACUUUUUUGAACUGAAACAGAAGCAGCUUGGUCUCUCAAAAAAUGGAUAAUGGUUGCUUCUCUUCGCCUCGACGCGAUUUUCCUGCUGGUUUACGUGUUCUUGUUGUGGAUGAUGAUCCAACAUGGCUUAAGAUCCUUGAAAAGAUGCUUAAGAAGUGUAAUUAUGAAGUGACCACAUGUUGCUUAGCAAGACAUGCUCUAAGCUUGCUCCGUGAAAGGAAAGAUGGAUACGAUAUAGUGAUCAGCGAUGUUAACAUGCCUGACAUGGACGGUUUCAAACUUCUUGAGCAUGUUGGACUUGAGAUGGAUCUUCCUGUCAUUAUGAUGUCCGUGGAUGGAGAAACAAGCAGGGUGAUGAAAGGCGUCCAACACGGUGCAUGUGAUUAUCUCCUUAAGCCCAUAAGGAUGAAAGAGUUGCGAAAUAUAUGGCAACAUGUCUUCAGAAAAAGGAUACACGAGGUUAGAGAAUUUGAAAAUUUUGAGAGUUUUGAGAGCAUGCACUUGAUGAGAAAUGGAUCAGAGAUGUCCGAGGAGGGGAACCUGUUUGCUUUAGAAGAUAUGACCUCAACGAAGAAAAGAAAAGAUGUAGAUAGCAGACACGACGACAAAGAAUUUCUGGAUUCAUCUUCCUCAAAGAAAGCUAGAGUAGUUUGGUCUGUAGAUCUUCAUCAGAAGUUUGUUAAAGCAGUGAAUCAGAUUGGAUUUGAUAAAGUUGGUCCCAAGAAAAUACUAGAUUUGAUGAAUGUUCCAUGGCUGAGUAGAGAGAAUGUUGCUAGCCACUUACAGAAAUACCGGCUUUACCUGAGUAGACUCCAGAAAGAUAACGAACAAAAAUCUUCCUCAAGUGGAAUGAAGCAUUCUGAUUUACCUUCAAAAGAUGUAGGAAAUUUUGGUUUUCCGAACUCAGCAAACAAGCAACAAAACGAUGCUUCAAUCGACAAAUACAACUAUUCUGAAGGAAGUUUACAACAUCAGAACAUAGAAACUAAAAGUCAUGAAGGUAAUCCCAAAGGAAUUGUUCCACAUUCCACCGCUGCAGAAAAAGCAAGAGCUUUGACUGGUAACAUCACCGAUGCAACAGACACUGCACUUAAUAAACCUUUUGCCCCACUCGAAUCAGAACGAAAACGUGGAGCGUUUGAUUGUAACAUGUCAACACCGUAUUCUUGGACUGAAAUUCCAAAAACACAGCUCAAAAAAGAACAAAAGUCAGUUGUUCAUCUAGAGGAUAAAUUCAACCUAUUGCCCUUAAAUGGUAAGCAGCAUAACAUUCAAGUUGAUCAAUCACAGUCAAUUGCUUCAAUUAGUUCCACUCCCUCUAUAACAGAGCAAGAUGUCGCUGCUUGUGUAGAAACAAAACCUACGUUUUCUGAUUACAAGAAAGACUACACCAGUUCGGUGAGUUCAAUAAGAAGUUCAGUUGACACCUUUCCUUUCCAACCCGGAAGCCUUAUGAUGAAUGAUCAACCUACACAACCUAUUUCCACUACUAAUUUCGGUUUAAAAACACAGACAUCUAAUCUUAGUUGCAUUUCUGAUCUAGAGUCUUACCAAAGAAACCUACUUUUGGGAGGUGAAGCAGCUUCUGCGCCUUUGGACGAGGACUUAUAUUUCUAUUGGCAUAAUAUGAACUUUGGUCAACAGAAUAUAGGGAUGUCUGAGUAUUAUGAUCCAGGACUUCUCAUAGAAGUUCCAAACCACUUAUAUGAUUCAGCAGAUUAUUCAGUAAUUGAUCAAGGUCUAUUCAUAGCAUGAUCAGCCCUGAUAUUACCUGCUUAUUCAGCAAAAAAAAUCAGAACUUCAUGCAUGAAAUGACAGAUUUACUGUUUGUAGUAGCCAACUACACCUAUUAUUGAACAAUUAUAAAGAUUGGGGGAUUCUUUUUCCUAUCAUCAAGAAUUUGGAUAUUGCAGCAUGUAUAAAAGUAGGGGGUGAUAACAAAUAUUAAGCUUGAGUAAUAAGCUUGCUUCCUUCUUAUUUAUUUUGUUCCAGGACUUGCUUGAAAAAAAAAAAAUGAAUUGUAACUUCGGGUUAACCAAAGUAUAAAGGAUCGGAUAUUUUUCGAACUGCAA